AUGGCGAGAAAACAUACAAGGCAGCGGCCCAGCCUCGCCAGCCUCGUCUUCCUGGCAGGGGCAGCUUCAGCAAAUUCCUUGUCUCUGUCCAACUUCCAGAGCCUGACUUCGUCGGUAUCCGUCCAAUGCCUCUACGCCUACAAUCUACCCAUUCGAGGAUGCAGCCCCAGCGAUUUCGGCAGCGGCGCGACGUGCUCUGAAGGCUGCAUUGCAGGAUUGCAAGCGGUGCAGUUUUCUGUGCAAGGGUUUUGUACCGACAUCAACGCUGCCUCAAAUUCUCUUCUUAUGGAGGUCAAGGGAGGCCAUAUCCUUGACGCUCUCUGCAAAAAGGACGCGCCACUAAAGAGCACCGCAUCAACGCCCACUCCUCCUCCAACAAAGACUCCGCCACCGCCUCAAACAUCAUCACAAUCUAAGGAGACAACUAGUACAACCAGCACAACAAGCACAACAAGCCAGCCAAUAACGACGACAACAUCUUCUGUCCCUUCUACAACAGUUACGACAGCAGUUACAAGUGCGAUACCUACCACACUCACAUCGGUGACAAUACCUAGCUCAACAAGCGAGUCUACAACCGAAACUACCAACGCAGCGACUUCUCAAACGACGAAUGACCAGCAACCCACGUCCACAAGUGAGGAGAACCCGAAGCCAACACGCAGGCCCAAUACUCAGCCAGGCAGCGGUGGUGGAAGCCCAUUUGACUUUGUCGCCAGCAGCAAAGCAACCGAAUUCGGGCUCACGAGGGCUUCCAUUACAAUGGCUAUUGCCAUCACUUUCACGACACUAACGCUUAUAUGA